AGAGACAGAGACUUAGAGAGAGAGAGUUAGAGAGAGACAGUCUUAGAGAGAGAGUUCGAGGGGGUCUUCGCUCGUUGUUGCAGUCAGCCGAGGGACAAAAUGGGCCGACAUGCUUUCUCUCUCUCUUUUCCUCUUUCUCUGCAACCUAAUAAACCUGCCCUUCUCAAUUCUCUUUCUAACCAACGCACUUAAGAGAGAGAGUGACUUAGAGAGAGAACAGUUACAGGGAUAGGUGACUUUAGAGAGAGAACAAAUAAAUGGAGGGAGGACUUGUAGAGAGAAUUUAGAGAGAGAAAAAAUAAGGCUUUUAAUAACAAGCAGUCGUUAUGAAUCUCAAAGAGACCCAUUAAUGGAGAAUGCCCAAUUGCUUUUAGGGAAGAAAGCAGAAGGGCAACUUGGCUUUCAAAUCCCUUUCCUGGUUGCGGUGUUUAUCUCAGAGAGUGCAGAGUCGAUAGUAUUCUUAGGGAAAAUCAAAUGGGCAAACAGGGUCCUUGCUGCCAUUGUGGUGUUACAAGUACUCCACUAUGGAGAAAUGGACCAGCAGAUAAGCCAGUGUUGUGCAAUGCAUGUGGGUCAAGAUGGAGGACAAAAGGUAGUCUAGCAAACUAUGCUCCAUUACAUGCUCGUGGAGUCUCUCCCAUUGAUACCGAGAAUCACAAAAGUCCUAGAGUGGACAAAUCACCUUGUAGAUCAAGGCCACCUCAAUUUUCAAUGAGAACAAAUCAAGAUGAUAGGCAUGCAGAGAGAAUUGAAAGGCUUCAAGGAUAUGACCCUGGUCCAAAGGGUCUUGAAGAUGAUACAAGCAAUAGGUCUAGUUCGGGGUCUGGGAUAUCCUACUCUGAGAGUUGUGUUCAAUUUGGAAGCACAGAUGUCAAUGAUGUGACAGGUUCAGCACAAUCACAUGUAUGGGACUCGCACGUACCUUCAAAAAAGAGGACAUGUAUCACACGCCAAUAUUUGUCUCCAGUUGAAAAGCUCAGAAAAGAUCUCUGUGAAAUUCUACAUGAGCAGGAUUCCUCCCAACUAUCUGGAUAUUCUGAAGAUGAUGUUCUGCUUUUUGAUAGUGAAACCCCAAUGGAUUCUGUAGAGAUCGGCCUUGGCAGUGUUCUUAUUAAACAUCCACUUUCAACAUCAGGAGAAGAGGAAUCAGAAGCAAGUUCACUUGUGGCUGAAAGCAGAUGCUGCAUUGUAAAUGAGGCCUACUCAGGGUCUUCAUUGUUUCCUGCGCCAACCCUGAACAGGGAAAGAGGUUCAAUUCAAGUUGAUGAUAAUGCAGUGAAGUUCAGAGAAGGGGAGAUGGACCGGAUUUUUCAUGAGAAAAUGCAUACUCUCGCAAAUGAACCUUUGGAGAGCUUGCAUUCCAAUAAUUUUGACACUCUAGGCAGAAAUGACUCUGCUUCAAGAUACAUUGAUCCAAAUGUAAAAAAGAAUAAUGAAUUUGCUGAAGGCAAAGGGGUGCCUUCCUGCUCAUCUGGUCUUGUUGCGGGUGGUGUCUCCACAGCAGUCAAGAGACCUCUUGAUUGGGAAGUUUGCAAAAGCAUUGAAGGUGCAAUAGAGAAGCCAAAGAGCAGCCUGAAGAGGCCUUAUAGUUGCGAUGAUUUGAGUGGUCAUCCAACUAAGUUUCAAAGAAUUCAUAGUGGUGCCAAUAAAUCUGUGAGAAGUGGAGAAUUUUCUGAUCAAAAGGAGCUUCUGCAAAAUGAUGGGUUCCUAUCUGAACCUUGCAGCAAAGCUCCAUCUUAAAAUUAAGGCAUCUUUCCCUUUGGAAAGGAAGAUUUAGAGGCUAUGCUUUGUAAAGGCUUUUCAUCUAAGAGUGUAUUAUAGCAAUUUCCCAGGCAUUGUGAAUAGCUUUCUUCAUGCUGUUCUAUCAGUGCAUCCCCAAGAUGGUUUUCGAGAUUGGUUUUCAUUCCCUCAAGAACUAGUGAGAUAAUAUAAGGCCAUGCCUUUGCAUUGUUCAUGUGCAUAGCAUGUUGGAGAUUGCCCGGUUCAGUCUCUAGGCAUGUCAACAAAAGUUAGUACUUUUUACACGGAUACAAAUUUAGUUUUUUCUCAUGUCAUGGUGUGGAUAGUUGUAUAUGUUCUUGUUGUCAGAGAAUGCUUAGUGGUGAUACUUAUCCUUUAUCCAUCGAGAAAGCAAUGUAUCUUUUUUCUUGGUUAUCGAAGUUCGUGGAUGAGAGAUUUGAAUGAUAA